CUCCAAUUAUUAACAAUAAUUAUUACCUUUAUUUUUCUGAAAAAAAGGAAUUUAUUCAUCUUCGUUUAUCUUUUCUCAAACAAACUAUUACGAUAAUCCCAACCUUCAGUCCUAACCACAAUUUUCGGAGCAUUUUGAAAUUCGAAAUUCGACUUAUUCUCACUUUUCUGAUAGAGAACAAUGAUUUGAUAUCCUCUGCUUCAGCUGUAGAUUUCUCUACUUUCUCAUUUACAUUCUACAUUUUCUUUUCUCACGAUUUGCAUGUGGUGUUUUUUGGUUACAGUGUGGUUACUCGGUAGAGAAGAGAAGCUAUUAGCCUUGGAAUUGGACUGUAAAAGUUUUGUAUAAUUCAUCCUUACCGUGGGUGUGCGAUUGGGUUGUGCUGCAAUCAAUUUAGGGCUUUUGUGGAGAUAGUUUCUUGAGGAUAAAAACAGCCAGUAAUGCUGCCCGAUGAUUCGAGUAGUCCUACAUGGAGUAGAGAGCAGGAUUUGCAAUUUGAAAAGGCAAUAGCAAGUUAUCCCGAAGAAUCUUCAGAUAGAUGGGAGAAAAUUGCCGACAAUGUUUCCGGAAAAUCGAUCGAAGAGGUUAAAGAUCAUUAUGAGCUUUUAGUUGACGAUGUUAACCAUAUUGAGUCUGGUUGUGUGCCAUUGCCUUGUUAUAAUUCUUCUUCAGAUGGUACAACAAGCAAUGCUAGCGAGGAAGGAACUCGUAGAAAAAGUGGUAAUGUUGGGCAUUUAAACAGCAACUCCAGUAAUGGAGGCAAGAGUAACGGGCCAGAUCAGGAGCGACGCAAGGGGAUUGCUUGGACAGAGGACGAACACAGGAGGUUUCUUGCUGGCUUGGAUAAACAUGGAAAAGGCGAUUGGCGAAGCAUUUCCCGGAACUAUGUUGUGACGAGAACUCCUACACAAGUCGCAAGCCAUGCUCAGAAGUAUUACAAUCGUUUGAACUCAAUGAACAGAGAUAGAAGGCGAUCGAGCAUUCAUGACAUCACCAAUGUCAACGCUGUAGAUCUUUCGGUACCACAGCAUCCCAUCACUGGUCAGACCAAUGGCUUGCCUGCCGGAGGUUCGUCUGUCAAUUCUAAUAGAUCAACACCUCAAACCCCAGCUGGCCCACGAGUUGGCAUGUACGGGGCACCCACUAUUGGUCAACCCGUAGGAGGGCCCUUUGUUUCUGCUGUUGGCACACCGGUGAAUGGGCCUCUGAAUGUUUCAGCACCAGUACACGUUGCAUAUGGUGUUCCUGGACAAGUGGUUACUGGUGCUCCUAUGAACAUGGGUCCUAUGACUUACCCAGUGCCACAGACAUCUUCUCAUAGGUGAUCUGUAUGUAUAUUUACGUGCUACAAAAAUUGAACCAUAUCAUAAUUGUCAUCGGUUGGUAUUUCCAGUCUCAUUUCAAAUUAAACAGGAAUAAUCUUUGAAUGAGUUAUUUCUCCAUUUUUGGCGAUUUGGUA